AUGGAAUUGGACUUGGUUGAAACGAAUCCCGAGAUUCUGUGCACGUCUGCACUCACAGUGCCACCUCAUUCCGACGGAUUCAAACCGAUUCAUUUGUUCAAUGCUUCAGCAUUUGUUACCGUUUUGUUCGGCAUCAUCAGCAGUAGUAUAAUGGGCUCGUCGGCAGUGAGAGCAAUCCAAGAAAUGGUUGACAGCUCAAAAGUCUCAAAGAAAACAAUUAAUAUGCAUCGAAUGUUCCUUUUUGGAUUAUUUACACAAAUCGCAGUGCACGGAAUUAUGCUAGGAUUUCCAAUAUUUGUUUACAUUGUAGGUUUAUCUUUUCAUAUCGAGGCCAAUGAUCUUGGCUAUGUUGCAAUUAUUCUCGCUAGCACUCAUGGAUCGAUGUCAACAUUAUCAAUGAUUUUCUGUAAUAAGCCAAUAGGCGAUGAGAUCAAAUUCUUCCUCUGCAAAUCUUUCGGUAAGCCACCCGAAAAAGUUGUCGUGUCCGUGGCUCCAACUUCGAUUGCACUCGAGUAA